UAAUGAUCAUCAUUCAGUGCUUCCAACUUGAAAACAUUGAAAAGUUACUUAAAUCAAAAUGCGUGCUUCAAUUAUUUUCUUACUUUUGGCUAUGGCCGCGACGUCUUUAGCAAAUCCAGCUGUUAGUGCUGAAAAUCAGUCCAUGGCGCGAAUGCAGAUCCAAACAAACUUUCUCGGAAAUACCAAAAUUUUAGUCGAACAAUUGAUUACAAAUUUACAAAACUCUGCAAAAGAUGCUAUUGACGCUGUCAAAAAAUUCAGAGAAGGUAUGUUCGAUCAACUGAAAGAACUGCAAGAGAAAGUUACAGCAAAUAUUCAGAAACUCAAAGACCGAGUUACUCAAGCUAUCCAAUCGGUGUCCGAUAAGUUCUCAAAUUCUAGUAGCGCUGUAAAAGCAUGUGUGAAUUCUCACAAAGGCGAAACUGAAACCCUAUACAACGAAACAUUGAAGAGCACUAUGACUUGUGCUAAUGCACGUAUUAAGGAGAUCGGCGAUCAAUUGGAUAAACUGAAUUUUAUAGCUACUAAUGCCUCAGAGUUCGCUCACGUUGCUAUGGAACGAAUGAGGGAAUGUAUGAACCAGAACCAGGACUCUCCAAAUAUCCUAUCUACUGGCGCAUGUCUGGGUAAAGUUGCACUUAAAACCGAGUUAAAGGGAGGUAUCUUUUUGGCUCAAAACACAUUAACGAUAAGCCGUAUCAACUUAGCCUUGGCGACACUUCCAGCUGCUCUCGAGGUUUGCGCAGGAACACAGCUGGUGGAGACAGGUCUUGCAACAACCAAGGUUAUCAUGGACAUUGGCAGUUGUUCCGCUUCCUCAGUAUUUAAUACAUUCGUUGAUUCCAGUCCUUAAUUUUCUAACAAUUUUAAUAAUAAAAUAUAUUUGUUGUUCAUAA